GAGCCUUUUAACUUGUUCGAGAAGUGCGGAUCUCUAGCUAGUAGUGUAGCUAUGUGUGCUCGAUAAAUUGUAGCUGUAACCGAUGGCUUAAAUGUCGAGCGCUUGGAUUUACCUUACCCAUCGCGUAAAUCAUGCACACUGCGUCUGGAAGCGUUUGGGAUGCUUUAGAUUUCUUUAUUUGGGUGGUGUUUGCGUUAUGUUUCCAGCCGUUGGGUGUUCACGGGCAAGACGGUGAUGGGUGUGGCCACACCUUGCUGGGGGCACAGAGCGGCACGCUGGCAUCGCGGAACUACCCCGGCACCUACCCCAACGGCACGCGGUGCGAGUGGCGGCUGCAGGCGCCCAGGGGGCGGAGCCUGAGGCUGGCGUUCGGCGACUUCAACCUGGAGCCCAGCCAGAACUGCGCCACCGCCGGGUCCCUCACCAUCACCCCCGGCAACGGGGAGCCCCCCCUGGGCCCUCUUUGUGGUGACCUUGACCCCCGGAACAAGAAGUUAGUCCUGAACAGCAGCGAGGUCACCAUCCUCUUCCUCUCCGGAACACACCGGUCUGGCCGAGGCUUCCUGCUGUCCUACGCCACCGACCAACAGACAGACCUGAUUUCCUGUCUGGAGCGAGGAACUCACUUCACCUCGGGGGAGUUCAGAGUGUACUGUCCAGCUGGCUGCAGGGAUGUGAUGGGAGACAUCUGGGGCCAGUCGAGUCAGGGAUACAGAGACACCUCUGUGCUGUGCAAAGCAGCGAUUCACGCAGGCGUCGUGUCGGACGACCUCGGGGGUCCUGUCACCGUGUCCCGGCAGAGGAGCAUUACCUUGUACGAGUCCAGCUUCGCCAACGGUCUCCUCUCCAAAACGGGGUCUUUAUCAGAGAAGAAGCUGGUCUUCCGCAAAGACUGUGACGGUCUGCUUCCUGUGCUCAGCUACAAUGCGUCCUCCAGCUGGGAGGAAGUGGACAGCCUGGGGCAUCGCAGAUUGUGGUCCCCGGGAAACAGAGACCCCACGGGACAGGUCCUGCCCUGGGUGGCGGACAGCGGCGACCCCGAGCCUUGGCUGCAGGUGGAACUGCAGGAGAGGAGCAGCAUCACAGGGAUCCUCACUAAGGGCUGGUCCGCGGACGCGGGGGCGAGCGCGGGGGCGGGGCCAGGGACGGGCGUGGCCCGGGCCUACACGCGCUCCUACACGCUGCUCUACAGCAAGGACAGCCGGAACUGGAAGGCCUACAAGGCCGUGCUCAGCAGGGAGAGAAAGGUGUUCAUGGGAAAUUCGGACAGCGACCAGGAGGUGCUGAACAGCCUUAUCCCUCCGGUGGUGGCGAAGUACCUCCUCCUGCGCCCGCAGCGCUGGCAGAACAGGGCCGCAGCUCACGUCCUGGUGCUCGGCUGCCCUCUGCUCCGGCCCCGCAGCCCCUUCGGUGCCCCCCCACAGAACAAGGUACCGACGGUGAGCGCCCCCUACAGUCCGGUCCCAACAAAGCACCCUGACGUGGAGAAGAGGCCGGCUGAGAGUUCCAGUCAGCCUGUGAUGGUGGUCGUGGGAGUGGUCCUGGUGUUAAUUGUAUGCGUGGGCAUCCUAUUGGCUGGGCUCUGUUGGAAGAGAAGGAGAAAGAAUGCUGACAAAUGCUCCUUAGAAAAAGGGUGUCAGGACGGCCUGGGAAAGGCUCUUCCCCGCUCUGAAUCAGAGCUCAUCUCGUACCCGCCGGAGAGGGCUGCCCUGGACAUCCUGCCAAACCCUCCUCACAAUGACUACGCCGAGCCGGAGCUGUGUCCGACGGGGCAGCAGCUGGGCUCCACGUUCCGGCCGGCGGCGGACGAGGGCUACACCGUCCCGCUCAUCCUCAGCCACUACGACGUUCCGGGGAAGCUUCCGGAAUACGCCGAGCCGCUGCCGCCGGAGCCCGAGUACGCCACGCCCUUCUGCGACCUGCCCCCCGACCCGCCCGCCUGCCUGGUCUGCCCCGCGCCCCCCUCUCACGCCUCCGCCGCCGCCUCGCCAUCGGCCCACUACGACUGCCCCGGCCACAAAAUGGCGCCCAACGGCUACUGCCUGCCGGCGCCCCACGGCGCGGAGUACGCGGAGCCCCAGCCGGCCGACGCCCUGUCCCUGCACACGUACUACGAGCCGCUGUGAAGCCGACGGCCAAUCACGUCACUCAGCAGACUCUCUCAUCCAGAGCGACGUACGGAAGCGGAGAAACACCUCUCACCCAGGCCUCACCUCUCACCUUGAACCUCAGUGGGACUUGAAUUAUGAACACUAAGUGCCUUGUGUGUUUACAGACCACUGAGUGCUCAGAGAUACAUAUUUAUACAAGUCAAAGAUUAAGAAAGUUAUUUUAUGGAGGCGUUGAGGAAAAGGCAACAUGAGCUAACCCUGCCUUUCUUUUAUCCAGUGCCACUCUGGUGGGUGGCAUUUCAGACUGUGGAAGUGCGCACAGUACGGGCACAAGGCCUUUUGUGGCUAUCACAUGGCAGAGGUCCAGAGAUUAAUGCUUGAUAUCUCACGUUUUUAUAAAUGAUCAACCGGGGAAGUGCAGAGUGUGUGUAAGGGAGCCUUCGGUAAAGGUCUUUGCGAGGUUGUUCUGCGCACUUCCUCACUAAGCAAUCUACGCUGGAAAUGCUGUGGGUCAGAGGGGCCACUAAAAUAGCAGCAAACUGGAGACGGUUUGCUCAGGCAGUCUCCAAGCCUGUGUGGUGUGUUGAUACUUAAUGAACUCUCCCUCAACAUUCCUGAAACAGAAGUCGGAUUUGGGAUUCAAUCGGCUGAAUCCAUCGACAACAUCAAGGCGCUAACUAUUCAAAGAUGAAGUUUGAGUCCCAUGGACGUUAAGACGUCAAUCACAACAGUUCCCUUUCCUUUAAUUACGUUGUUAAUAGUUAAUUGUUUAAAAAAAAUAAACGGAAUAUCACCUCUGUGUGUGUUUGUUUUGCUUCACUGGCGCACUCAGUGCAUUUGAAUCUGAAUCGAAAGCGAUUUAAAUGUGAAAACUUUCAGAUGUAUAAUAAUAAAAUUUUGUUGAAUGACGAUCCGAUAAAUUUGCAGUCAAAAAAUGCUAAUACAUCCACACAAAGUUAUGAAUCUUGGUAUGUGCAUUGACGGUAGAAUCAAGACUCCAACCCUAAAGGCUUAGCUCAAUCCAACCCCAUGGUGGUGCCAUAGAGAUCCAGAUAUGAAGAAAUAUUCAAAACUUUACUGCUGCAUCAGUUUCGUAUGUAUUGCAAGGUUUUAUUUUGAAAUAAACAGUUUGACACAG